AUGCCUAUCGGCCAGCAAGAAAGCGGUGUAACUUCUGGCGUCAAGUUUGUCACGUCCACUGUAGGCAAUACGGUUGGCGGCGUUACAAACACUCUAGGAGGGGUUGUUGGCGCGGUUGGACGAGGCUUGGGCGAAACGGUCGAGGGCGCCACAGGCAGUGCCGGUCGGCCGGUUGCACGAGGCCUUGCCGAUGUAUCCACGAGCAUUGAAAAAGGUGCAAACGAUGUAGCAGGAGGCGUCAAACGUGCUGGGGAGGGCAAGUAG